AUGGACAGUGGAAGUCUUAGCGCAUCCACACCACCGGCUCUUUCAGCUCCAAGUCAGAUCACGUCGUUGCCGAUUAACUUCGCAAUACCUUCUACAGCAACCGCCAGCAUGAAUUCGUCCCCUUCAGCGCUUGCAUUUGAGCAAAUUUUUAAUGGACUCAUGUUUUCACCGCCUCCGCCUCCUCAGCCACCACCACCACCACUUAAUAAGGGAUUAGUGAUUGAUGGAAAAAUACCUCCAACUGCAUUCCCGCCUUGGGUUCCAACUUCCAUGGGGGAGAAUAUGAUCUCUGCAAAUGGAGAGAAUGGAGUUAACAACCUCGUAGAAUUCUAUGGUUUUGCAAAUCACCAAGGGACGCCAACUUUUCCCCAUGGUUUCCCCUUCGCACUGCCGGUGCAUCGACUUUCACCUAGUACUGGACCUCAUCAUAAUAUGCAACAUCAAACUGGACCCCCUGGAACUAAUGAAAAUGGUAGUAACAGCAAUAGUGGAUCGAUUGAUUUGAAGGCAAAGAAAGCUCGGCAUCGAACAACAUUCUCCGUCUACCAGCUCUCAGUGCUUGAAGCUGCAUUUGACGUAUGCCCUUAUCCCGAUGCUCUAACUCGUGAAGAUAUCGCCAGCCGCCUGCAAUUAUCCGAAUCUCGAGUUCAAGUUUGGUUCCAGAAUCGGCGUGCAAAAUGGCGGAAGCAGGAAGCCGACGGCAACAAUCCAAAUGGUAUCCACAGUGUCAGCCCACCUGGAGGGCUUGGUCCCUCCGAUCCAAUUGACUACACUUCUGGCACUUCCCUUAUUCGCAGGAAACGACCCGCCAUGUUCGAUGAAAGCGCUGAAGGCGAGCAGGAUAAUCGGAGUCCAGUUGGAGCAAAACGACUUGCCUUCUCUGUGAACAGUUUAACUGAGGCUGAAGAGGAUCUCAGCCAGCGUGCUGAUUUGGCCACCGCAUUAACACAACAACAAAAUCAGCUCAAUGGAAACUUCCUUCGCUAUCUCUGCUCCCUCUUCCAACAGAGCAGCCUUGCUGGCAACCAUGGUCCAGUUUUAGCACCUGUCGAUAAAGUGCCCAUUUCUUUGCCACAAUACCCCUUUCCUUUACCUCCUCGAGUUGACAUGCCCUCAACCGUUUCCCCUAAUUCGCUUGUUCCACACAAUCACAGCAUUAUUUCUGCACCAACUGCACAGUCUAAAGUCUUCAAAGAGGAGGAAGGCAAUGACCUGAAAACCACUACAACUUCGGACGGUGGAAUGAUACACAAUAAUAAUAAUCUUGACUCUCAGUAUCAAAUUGCCAAGAGAUUCUUGAACAGUUUGAUUUCCCAGAAAGUAAAGUGCGAUGAUGAAUAG